CGCUCCGCCCUGCUUGGACGGGCCCUUCGGGUCGGCUCGGAAUCGGAGCUCCCCGCGGCGAGAGCGCUCAUCGAUCGCCUGGACCUCGGGCGCGGCAUCUCCGAGCCAGCGCCAGCUGUGCGGGCGUCGCGGCGGCUUUUGGCGGGGCAGUUCUCUGCCGGGGCCUCGGUCGCGCAGCUCGGGGUUGUCCUCCUCCGACAACUCGAGGAAAGGCUGGGCGGCCUGGGUGAACUCAGUCGUCUCUGGCCUUGCGGCGCGUGGCAAGAUGUGGCCGAGGCCAGCGAGCUGCUGCCAGUCGCGCGGCCGACCCGCUCCGCUGGCCUCGAGGAGGCGCCGGCGGCAGCUCGGACUUGCCGCGGCCAGCCGCCGCCCGCAAAUCGCGAGGUUGGCAUCGAUGCGUGGGUGGAGCUCUCGACCAUGGUGUGCAACUACGGGUUUCGCGGGGGACCGCGGCUCCUGGCUAGACUCUUGAAGUCCCCAGCGGAACCGACGGCCACGCAGAGUCAGGCUCUCGAGCGCUUCCGGCUGCUCGUGGCGAUCUGGGCUGACGAAGGGGACCCGACUAAUUUGGUCACCUACGCGGUGGCCGAGCAGCAGGCUUCGGAGCUCUACUGGGGCGAGCACCUGACUCGCGCACUGCCGCUCACGCGCGACGGCGCCCCCCCCCCCGGUUGCCCGCUGCGGACGCGGCUGCCCGGCGUUCUCAUGAACACCAAGGAGGAGUAUUACAUGAUAAUCGAGUCGGUGUGCCGUUUGGGCGUCAUGGAGGCGGAGGUCGUCAAUCUCGCGCCGACGAACGCGCUCCAGCGCAACUGCGGCGGCGCCGCGCAGACCAUGGGGUACCCUGGCUUAUGGCCACUCUACGUUUUGCACCCUGAUGAGGUCCAAGUGCGCUACUCCGAAGACAAGGGCGGGUACUUCCACCUCUACACGGCCCCCCGCGCGCGGCGCGGUGCCUUCUUCAUCGACGAGGCCGUGCUUGGGACUGCCUUGGGCCAGCCAGGCUGCUCGCGGGCGAGACCUCGGAUGCGGACUUGCCCAAUGGGGUGGAUCAGCGCCGCGGCGUUUAUCCAGGGGGCGCGCGAGAAUUUGGUCACAGGCGGGCCCCCGCAUGGAGCAGGCCUCCCCCGCGAGCAGCGCAUCCGGACGGGCCACCCGGUCCAGCGCGCGCCAGAGAAAGCGGCCGAAGGGCGCCUCACUCGGGAGACCCUGGGGGCGCAAUUCUGCGGGGCUGAUCGUUUAGAUGGCACGUCGCCGCCUCGCUGGUCGUUCUGCGUUGGCCGGUGCCUCGACCGCGUCGCCGGCGAGCGCGUGAUCAACGACGACCUCUUGUCGGACGUCGGCCGGAUUUCUUUCGCCGCGCUGUUCCACCGUGGGUUUUUCUCCCUCUUGAGCCGGCCGCCCCGGGAUCUGGCGGUCGGGGGGCUUCCUGGCCCUCUCGGCCCCGACGUUGCCGACGAGCUGUUGGUCGCGACGCUCGCCACGCCGCUGCUCCAGGCGGAUCCUGCUGGCCAGGUUUCAGGAGAGGCGGUCGCGACCGACGCUUCGGAGACAGGCGGAGGAACGCGCGUCUCCGCGGGAUUGUCUCCCAAAGGCGCGGCUCGCCCCCUGUUGGUCAACGGCUUCGAUGGGAUCGGCGGAGCCCGCGCGACGCUGGACCUGCUCGCCGCCACUCCCUGCGGCGCGAUCGCCGUCGAACCCUCCCGCGCGGCGCGGGCGGUGGCCAAGGCCACUUGGCCAGAGACCUUCUUCCACUUCGACUCCGCAGCUGUCGCGGCCGAGGAGGUGGCCAAGUGGGCGGGCGCGUGCCCGCGGGCCCGCAGGGUGUUCCACAUCAGCGGCCCCCCCUGCCAGGACUGCGCGCCCCCGAAGCACUCGCUGCGGAUGUCAGGCCCCCUCCAGCAGCGCGCUGAAUGGAACGCGCGCGGCUUGUUCGCCGGCGUCGCGACACUGGCGUUCCAGGGGGGGCAGGAGGUCACCCAGCGCGUCGGAGAGCAGCCGAUCUUCGUCGAG